UAAAGCUGCAGGUUGUAAGCCACUUGGUGUGGAAAAGGCGACCGUUUCUCAUUUGACCAAAUAAUACGGUGAUGAGCCGUAUCGGAAUACUGGGAAUUACGAGGAACCCCAAAGGCAGCAUCAGCUGGGUUCAAACCAGAUGGAGGCUGGGCGGCUGGGCGACGCGCUGUACACUGGCUUCUGCUGCUUAACAACACAGGGAGGACAACACACACACAUACUGUAGAGCAGUGGACUGUGGGCUCCGUCGUAACGCUGGGCGCUGCUAUGCUAAGUAGAUAUCGUUGCUGGUAAGAUAAAGUCUAUCAUGAGUUGAGGGUUAGUGUCUCUAACCGGGCUCCGAGCCAUGCGUGAGCCGAAUGAAGUUUGACAGGCUAACGUCGGGUUUAGCUCCCUUUAAGGAGCUAGCAGUGUUGGCUACAAGUGCCGCCUGCCUCUAGCUGCCAGCUCGUGAGAACCGCUAGCUGCUCGAAGCUGAUAGUUAAAUAUUGUGACCAGUCGGCUAACACGUUAGCUGUCAAGCCUGAGAUGGUCAAGCCUUAUCUUGCUCAGUAACGUGUACGUCUGAGGGCAUCCCUUUGCUCUCUUUGGUAAGCGAGCUGACCGCAGAGAAAUGGCUUUCAUUUGUUAAUUGGCCGUUUAAGCCAGCAAUGCGUACUUCAUCGUCUCUGAACACCGUUAGCUCGCCGGCGUCGGAUUACUGCACCCUGUGGCACAGCGGUGCCCUGGCCAGAGGCAUCACACAUCGCGUUUCGCAUAAUGAGUGAUCAAUAUGUCAAGGUUCAAGUCGAGCAAAUGAAAUCAUUUGGCGAAGAUGAAGAGAAGGAGGGAGUGGAUACAGAAGAGCAGGUGCCGGGCUCCUCUCCUUCUGCCUCUGUCUCACCAGAUCAUCCCACCGGCACAGAUGCAUCCAGCACCUCUCUUCCCUGCAAACAAACAGGUAAAAGUCGCAGUAAGCCAGGCAGAGAGGACAGGAGACACACUUCUGAUGUGGCAUCGCAAGGCUCUGUAGUUUCCUCUGAGAAAAACUUAAACAGACUGGGAUAUGAGCGGACGCUUCAAGUCAAGGGAACUGGAAAGAUACUGCAGCGGAAGUCAGAGCCCAAUGGCAACUAUGUCACCAUCCACACAUCCAAAGACAUCGAAGAGAUGCGCAGAGAGGAGGGAUUCAAGCUUGCGAAGAAGAGGAGACCUGUGACGGUAGACACUUCAAAAGCCAAAACCUCUUUGGAGGCACUGAAGAUAAGCAUCAAGCAACUAAAGUGGAAAGAGUUUCCUUUAGGAAGGCGUACAGCCUGUGAUAUCUACUGGCACGGCGUUUCCUUUCAUGACAAUGAAAAUAUCAUCUCAGGGCAGGUCAACAAGUUCCCAGGAAUGAUCGAAAUGCUGCGAAAGAUCAACCUCAGCAGAGCAGUUCGGACUAUGCAGGAGUUGUUCCCAGAAGAAUACGACUUCUAUCCCCGUUCCUGGAUCCUGCCUGAGGAGUACCAACAGUUUACCACACAGAUUCACAUGGUGAAAGAGAAGGAUGCUACAGUGAAUCACACUUUUAUUGUCAAACCAGAUGGGGGCUCUCAGGGGGAUGGUAUCUACCUCAUCCGUGACCCUAGUGACCUCAAGCUCAUGACGGGUUCGCAGGCCAAACAGGGCGUAGUCCAGGAGUACAUCCAAAAGCCGUUACUUAUUGACAAACUUAAGUUCGACAUCCGGCUCUACGUGCUUAUAAAGUCCUUGGAGCCGUUGGAGAUCUACAUUGCCAAAGAGGGACUGACACGUUUUUGCACCGAGCCGUAUCAGGAGCCAAGCCAGAAGAAUCUUAGCCACGUCUUCAUGCACCUGACAAACUACUCGCUCAACGUCCACAGCGGCAACUUCGUGCACUCAGACAGCCAGAGCACCGGCAGCAAGCGCACUCUCUCCAGUGUGCUGUACAGGUUAGCAGCUAAAGGUGUCGACAUCAAGAGGGUGUGGUCGGACAUCAUCGCCCUUGUCAUCAAGACUGUCAUCGCCGUGGUGCCUGAACUUAGAGUCUACUACCAGGCUGACAUACCACCCGGCAAACCAGGACCCACGUGCUUCCAAAUAUUAGGCUUUGACAUCUUGCUCAUGAAGAACCUAAAGCCCGUACUGUUAGAGGUCAACUCCAACCCUAGUAUGAGAAUCGAGCAUGAGCAGGAGGUGGCACCCGGAGUUUUUGAAUAUGUUCCCAGUCCGGUGGAUGAAGAGGUCAAAGUGGGCGUGAUCAGGGACACUCUGCGUCUAAUGGACCCAGGCCACAAGAAACCCACAGUUCCCCAACAGAGGGCCGGUGGGUUUGAACAAGGAGAAGAGAUUCCCAUGGAAGAAGAAACACAAGAGAAGAGCCAAGAUGAAACGGGAACUUUGCCUUCGCUGUGUCUGAAGCAGGUCUACCCGAAGUACUUCAAGCAGUUCAACUACCUGCGGCUAGUGGAGCGAAUCGCAGCUCUCUUCAUACGCUUCCUUGGUGUGAAGGGCAACAUGCGCCUUGGCCCCACUGCCUUUCGGACCUUCAUCAGGACUUGUAAACUGAGCGGCAGCAACUUCACCAUGGCUUCUGUGGACAUCCUCUACAUAGACAUCACACGCCGCUGGUCAGGCGCGACGCCCGACUCCAGAGAAGCAGGGAUGGGCUUGCAGGCGUUCGUCGAAGCCUUUUUCUACUUGGCAGCUCGCAGGUUCAAAUCCCUGGCACUGAGGGAGCAGGUAGUGUCACUGCUGGAGCUGUGCGAGUCUCAGCUCGGGCCUCAGUCGGGCGUCGAGGAGAGGCGCUCUCUGAGCUGCAGCAGGGCGCUGCCGCGAACCGUCAAAACUCAGACGCCGUGCCUCGCCAACCCUCAGCUCAGCUCUCCGGCUCCCCUCCGAAGGGCGGCCAGCCAGGACUACCGGCAUCAAAGAUUCAAGCCUCGCUCCCUCAGAGCAAAUGUGGAGAACUGAUGAGAGGGAACUAGUCAUCCAACCUCCCCCCCCAAACACUGCCUUUAGCAUUCUCCACAGGAGCAGAGGAGUUAGGUGUCCACCCCUCAAGCCCUGCUGGCUGACUCGCAGGAGGACUGUUCUCUUACUGAUUGCUUUUUCUUCAGAGGAGGAAGAUGCCCGCAGGGGGUUGUUGGAAUGGAAAUGGAAGAAGAUAUAAGGUGGUCGAUGCAUUUCCUCCCAUCCUCCCGGUAGGAUCAUAUAUGAAGAACACGAUCCGGUCAGGAGGAGGAAAUGGCUGCUUUUAAUUGACUUACUGAUUCUAGAAGGCAGCUAUAUGCCUCCCUUUCACAUUUGUCUGGUAACCCUUACGCUAAAACAAACUUUCUUUUCAGGGAUAACAUUAGACGCUCCACUUGAAUCAAUCCACACAUCACACAUAAAAUAAGGAAAAGGAAGAAUCCUCAGUGUAUUAUGUUCUUGAAUUUGCACAGCAAAUAUUUCAGCUAUAUUACUUUUGCACAGAAAUGGACGUGACUGGGCAUUUGUGCGCUCAGUGUUUGAACCUGUGUGUGUGCGCGUGUGUGGUCACCUCUGUAUUUAUUUGCGUUUAGCUUAGUGGCGAAAGCCUGUUGACAGUGAGCGGCUCAGCUGUGCGCCCUCCACGAGCCCAUUAGCGACGAGUUAAGUGAAUAAGUAUUCAAAGGGAAAAAGGGCCGCGCGGCCACUUAUCCUCUUUCAGUUCAAGCAGCUAUUCCAGUCAGGCAGCCGCAAGACCUCCAGCCAUUAUGUUCUUUAGGAUGUAGCCACACAACUGCCAUUGGACGUAGAUGUCUAGAAAUAAUUGCAUGGCGAAAAUGUUUUACAGAUUCUUAAAUGAGAUUUGGUUAGAAAACCGAAUGCCUCAUAAUUCCUGAGUAAAAUGGCAGCUGCUGCUGGAAGGUCGCUUGUCUUUUUUUUUCUUUUAUGCUAAAAUUACUAAACCAAUGAAAGACGUGCAGUGUGGGCAGCUUGUGGAAAACAGACUGAAUUAAAUAUAUAAGAGAUUUCUGCUACACAUACUGUAGGGCUAACUUAUUUACUGUAUUCAUGAUGUGAAGUAGAUGUAUGAGGUAUUAAACACUGGCACAUAACAUGAAUGACAUGUAUUGAUAACACUAUCAAACAAAAUAAACACGUUUUGCUCUUUGAA